UCGAAGAAGAAGUGGACUCAAAGCUGGGAUCAUAACGGCCUGAGAGAGCGGCGACUUGACGCAGUUAGCGGCGGCCUUCGUGAACCUGCCCGCACUCCGUGAUGUAAUACUUCGCUCCAACGGACUUUGUAUGCUGCUCCUCCAAAUCUUUCGGUCGACAAGGUCGCUGUUUGUGAGUUCGGCGAGAUAGUCUGCAAAACGCCCCGUAAUUAUUAUUAUUUUGACUAACGGGGAGAUCAUGAGCGCGGCGGAGUAAUCCCACGUAAAGUAUUAUUUUGACACAAUGGCGACGGACGCCAUCAAGACGUUUGUGGAGACGUGUCAUUGUCUCCAGGACCCGCGUUUGGUGGCCAAGUUCCAGCACUUGUGUGGCGUCCGGGGGACGUUUCCGGAAAAACCCAACGACGACGGCGCGUCCACGCGGGGCUGCCCCGGGUUGAGGCAGAGGAUCCCGCGGGACGACGUCAGCAACGGGGCGAGCGUGCACGCCAACGGGGUGAAAGGUGACUCUAGGCCCGACGAGACCGCUCGGGCUAAGCCCCUCCGCAGGAACUCUCUCACCGGAGACGUGGGCCAGGAGUUUCUGAUCCACAACAAGUUCCUCUUCUAUCUGUUCACGUUCGGCACGGAGCUGGGCAACGAGAUGUUCUUCAUCGUCUUCUUCCCCUUCCUCUUCUGGAACGUCGACGCCCUGGUCAGCCGCAGGCUCAUCGUGGUGUGGGCCUGGAAUCUGUUCGUGGGACAGUCCACCAAGGACAUGGUCCGCUGGUCCCGGCCGGCCUCCCCUCCUGUGGUGAAGGUGGAGGUGUUCUACAACUCGGAGUACAGCAUGCCGUCCACGCACGCCAUGACUGGGACUGCCAUACCCUUCUGUCUCUUCAUGCUCACCUAUGGACGCUGGCAGUACCCUUUCCUCUUUGGUUUUGGUGUGGCCCUCUGCUGGAGCAUCCUGGUGUGUGUCAGCAGAGUCUACAUGGGAAUGCAUUCUGUUCUGGAGGUGAUCACUGGCUUCCUGUACAGCCUCCUCAUUCUGGCCUUCUUUCACCAAGUUUUGGACAAGAUUGACGACUUCUAUAUGGACGGCGCAUACGCUCCACUAGUUAUCAUCUUGUCCCACGUGAGCCUUGGACUCGUGGCCUUCUCCCUGGACUCCUGGAGCACCUCCCGUGGAGACACGGCCCAGGCGCUGGGCACCGGGGCCGGCACCGCCCUGGCCACCUACGCCAACUACCAGUUGGGACUGCUGGCAGACCCCCCGCUGUCAUCGCUGCCGUUUGCCUUGCCGCCGCUCGGCGUGGGCUUGGUGGCUCGCUCCCUGCUCCGCUUCGCCAUCGGUGUGGGCGUCAUUCUGAUCACAAGGAUGGUCAUGAAAGCGGUCACUAUCCCUUUCCUCUGUCGACUGUUGGGGCUGCCCGCGGAGGACGUGAGACAAGCAAGGCAGCACAUGGAGGUGGAGCUGCCGUACCGUUACAUCGUCUACAGUGUUGUUGGUUUUACGUGCGUAUGUGUGGUGCCUCUCCUCUUCAGGAUCGUGAACCUGGCAUGAGUGUUGCAUGUAAACAGCCAUGCACUGCUGAAAACCAGGGUGAAUUCUAUCACCUCCACAGAAACUAGAGAUAUUCUAUAUUUUCCCAUGAAGACCAAAAAUUAGGUGACCCAAAUACAACAGUUUGCAUGAAUAGUUUAAGCUAGACCGUUUUCCCCUCUUUAAAGUGCAUUAUAUUUUUUCUGGUUGCUAAAAUUUCUUGUAACAAUGCUGCAGUUUAUGAACAAGCUGCUGGAAUUUAAAAAUGCACUAUUAACUUCCUCUUAACAGUUUUUAAAGGCACAAGCACAUGAUAACACACUGGAGAAGAAGGAAGGAAGCCAGAAAAAUGGCAGAUUUUUAAUCUUUCAUGGAGUAUUACAAUAUAUAAUUUAUCACCUGGAAUCAAUCAAAUGUUUAGUUUUUAUUUCCAUUUUAUAUUAAUUUCUAAGGGAUCUUUUGUAUUUGAAACGCCAUCCUUGUACUCUGAAAAAUGAACCAAACAAUCGUGUCAGUGUUAUAUUAGUUCUUGUUUGAUGCUAUUAAUCUGUGCAAAAGUAUAUUUUAAGUGUUGUGUAAUUGUCAGGGCUCCACGUUCACUGCUCAAGUCUAUACUUGAGGCACCGCCAUUAUUUGUCUGCAUUACGCCAUGUUAAUAUAUCUCUGCUUCCAUUUUCUGUAUAUUACCCUGGUCUUUGACUGUGAAGUCUUUGAAACUGGCGUACAGUAUUUUUGAUGGACUCUGCCAUCUUGAUUAAGAUGUAAAAAAAAGUUUAUAACAGGACAUUUUAAGUUUCUUGCACUAAAGUGUAUUAAAAUCUUACGCUCCUUUA